AUGCAGCCUCUGUUACUCGUCGCCUGUCUGGCGGCGUAUGCAGUGGCAACUACGCCGGCUGACCAGCAGGAAGCUAUAAAGAAAGUUUUCCGUACAUGGAGACAUGGGAAAGCGAUUGAGGUUCUCGAACACCCUGAGACACCUCGAAGAGAUUGGAUCACUGCUGACAACCUUUCGGAGCUUGAGCAUCAUCGUUCAAAACGUUCUGCUCUUCUGGGUCCUAGCGGGGCUGCCGCAUCACAACAGCUAUCUGCGAGCAGAUCCUGCAACACUCCUGGUUAUACCGGAGAGUUUUGCGAAUUUCGUGAGUUCUAUAUUUGUCAUAUACCUGAGGACGCCAAAUAUAAACAUUUUUUAGCUAUCUGUUACGAAACCAAUCCGAAACUUCCAUACAUUCCCGAUGACGAGACGGUAGCUAUCGACGCCUCAACUUUGGCCAACUGCUCUGAAAGCUAUGUGGUUUUUGUGGAUGAAACGAUGUUUGACAUCACCAUCGAUCUCGAAAUGGAUACACCUCUGAAUCCGAUUUUUACUCUACAGGGAGAAGAUGGACAGAACCACUCACCGGAUACCAUCCUGACACAAACAAGGGAUCAAUAUCAAGCCUUUUUCUUCUUUCUUCCACCUGGCCGUUACCUCUUGACACCGUCAGCAGAUUUAAAAACAACUUCCUGCAUAAUGUCUGUUAGGGCUCGAACAGCGAUCACAAUCAACAGUGGUUUUGUAAUUGGAGAAGGUCCGAAUACGGAGCGGUCCGACUUUCCACAGGACUACACAUUUUAUCGGGAACCAGCAUCUGUCAUCGUUCAUGGGAACUUUCUUCGUUAUCCAGCUAUGCUGAAGAGUAUCAAUUUUAUUGGAGAAGGAAACACCCUGUACCGUCCACGUCUCCUUUCCACGAGAUUCAAUUGUUCUUAUGAAUACAUCUUCGAAACAUUCUACUGUAAAAAGACUGGAAGCUAUGUGUAUCAGGUGGAAGGAGUUUCUUUCCAAGGGUACAGCUUUCGACGACUCUUUCCCUUCAAUUGCCUGGUGAAUCCAGCUACACCAUCGCCGUCACCAUCGACACCAUCUCCGGCUCCGUUGGCUAAAUGCAAAAACAAUGGUGUAUUCAUUAAAAACCUCGAUGGUUCCUCCUAUUGUUACUGUACCGGACUGUUCAGUGGACCUGAUUGUGGCACGAGACUUUGUGCUAAUGGAGGCUCGUUGGAUGCCUCAAACAACAAAUGUCUGUGUCCUGAUGGCUUUGUUGGUGACUUCUGUGAAAAUGUGUUCUGUAAUGACAAUACUGGUUUGACGUUCGAUGCUGAACAUCCUACUCUCACGCUGGUGAUACGUACACGAACCCAAUUGGCUGAUGUUAUUACCCAGGUGAGUUUACUGAAAGGAUCUCAGCUCCUGCUCAAAGGUUCAUGGGCUCAAAGCCUUUGUUACAAAGAGUGA